AUGGAUACCUUCAGAAACACCACGAGUUUCGUCUCCAACUCUGAUAAGGGUAUCGCCAAUAAGGCUGCAAAUCACAUGACUAAGAAUGCCGCGAAGGGCUCCCAGGCCCGGCAUGACAGCUUAGGAAGCACCGCAAAGCAAGCCGCUACUAUCAAAGAUGAAAGCGUGGACCUUUUAAUCAUUGGGGCUGGACCUGCAGGGCUCAUAGCAGCAUGUUGGGCAGCUCAGUACGACAUGUCGACUCGUAUUAUUGAUCGAAAAAGGGGCCCAACGAAGACAGGUCAUGCCGAUGGGCUACAAAGCCGGACCUUAGAAAUACUAGAGAGCUUCGGCAUCGUCGAUCCCAUCUUAAAGCAGGGAGUUCCUGACGUCGACACAUGCCACUGGGCAACCAAAAACAGCGAAGGAAUCAUCGAGCGACAGAGAUCGUUUGACUCAGAACCAGGAGGAGCUUCAAGAUUUGGUCAAGUGCUGCUAAGCCAAGGCGCUAUCGAGCGAGUGCUCAACGAUUACUUGAUCAGAAAAGGGGUCGUGGUUGUGGAAUGGAAUAAAGAGGCUGUAUCCUUACAUGUCUCGGCAGCUCCGGAUGAAAAUCCGCUGCUAUCUCCAAUCACAGUGGGGGUGAAAGGUGCCAAAAAAUAUGAAGAAAGAAUUCACGCACGGUAUCUCGUUGCAUGUGAUGGCGCGCAUAGCUGGACCGGGAACCAACUGAACGCCCUGACUGAUAUAGUAUCAGAAGAUUCAACCUGGGGUGUGCUGGACAUAAUCCCAAUCACUGACUUUCGUAUAUUAUACCUUCCCGCUCAGAAUACCGAAUCUGACCGGAAUUUAGCUGAUAUCCGACGAUCCUGCUCGAUAAACUCUCAGCCUCACGGAAGCAUCAUGACAGUACCGAGAGAAAAUCGACUAGUCCGAUUUUAUAUCCAUCUUCGCGACCUUGAAGAAACCGCCAUGCAGCAUCCCAGCUGCUCUCCGGGGGCUAUGGUCGAAAUGGCCAAGGCGAUAAUGAAGCCAUAUGACUUGACGUAUAAUCAUUGUGACUGGUGGUCUAUUUACCCAAUCGGCCGACGCCUAGCCAGACAUUACAUACCUCAGGAGCGCGUUUUUCUCGCUGGAGAUGCGGCCCACACACAUUCGCCGAAGGGAGGCCAGGGUAUGAAUGUAUCCAUCCAAGACACCUACAACCUGAUGUGGAAAUUGGCUGCAGUCAUUACCAAUGGUGCCAAUGCCAUGAUCUUGGCAACGUACGAUAGUGAACGGCGACCGGUUGCCAAGACAUUGAUGGAUCUAGACUCCCGUCUUGUACAAGCAUAUGAGAUGGAGGAGAAAGAUACCUCGAGUGGAAUCUACGAGAUUCGAGGCCAGUAUGCUGGGUUCAUAGCCGGUAUCGAUGUCACCUAUUCCGAUAGUAUCUUGGUGACUGGAAAGGAGACUGUUGACCCAAACCUUGCGCGCAAUAUCAAGCUUGGCGCACGGUUACCGUCAUUCCUUGUUGUUUUUCACUGUGAUGGAGCCCCUGUACAACUGGCUCAGAGGCUUGUGAGUGACGGGGCGUGGAGACUACUGGUUUUUCCGGGCGAUCUACGUCAACCAGAGACGAUGCACGGUUUGACUCGCUUCACGGAAACCUUCAGCAAUCGUUCUCAUCUCGGUCACUUACAGCAGAUUCAGUCUCAGUGGUGGCGCUGCCCUACCAUUGAGUUUCUCCUCAUUCAGUCAUGCCCUAGGAGUGCAGUCAAUCUGCUGGAUCUUCCGGAGCUCUUUCACCCGUAUGAUGACUUCAUGGGAUGGGACUACUGGAGGGUGUUUGCGGAUGAUCGGGAUCAAGCAUACACAGGAUACGGUAUUGACAAGCAAGGCCCAGGGUGUCUAGUACUAUGUCGACCGGAUCAGCAUGUGGCAUGGGUAGGAGGCAUGGAGGAUGUGGCUGGUUUGGAUAAUUAUUUCUCGAUCUUCAUUGGGUCAUCGCGAUAA